AUGAGAACCAGACGAAAUUCUUUGCCGACCUAUGCACAAUCUUGUGAAACGUCUAAGAGCUUACUUUGUCAGUCCGUCUUCGCAACUCCACUUAAGGAUCCGCUUUUAAUAAUAAUCACUCUGACUGCUGUUGUUGGGUCCUUUUGUCUUCUCAGUGGCUUAACUCUUCUAUGCUUGUUUUCAAGGGCCAUCAAUGAUGAAAUUUCUGAAACAAUACUCUUAAUCGGUAUUGGAUUCUUCAUCACAUCUUUAGCUUGCGUUAGUUGGCAUUUAACGAAUAAAAGAAGAAUAUCAGAAAUAAUAGAAGCAAUGAAGGAUGAAAUCGUCUGA